CCCUGAAAGCCACCAGAUUUUUUAGAGAGAGAAAGGCCAGAUAUGAUUUAGAGAUAGAGGGGAAAAGGGAAGUGGGAAUGGAGAUUGAAACAUAUAUGGGUUUGUAGCUAUAUGCACUCUCUUUCUCUCUCUAAAAUGCUUUCUAUAAGCUCAGAAAUGGCUCUUCCCCAACUCAUUCCUUCACCUUCGUCUUCUUCUUUUACCCACCACAAACCCACCUUAAACCCCAAUGCUCUUUCCUCUUCCUUAAACCCUAACUCCAUAUUCAAAUCCUCCUUCCUCCUCCGCCGCCGUCGGAAACCCAACGGCCUCCGUUGCUCCUCAUCGUCCUUCCCGGAGAGGCACUACACGAACUCCCCCAAGUCGGACGAUGUGGUUGAGCUCCCACUCUUUCCUUUACCCUUGGUCCUCUUCCCCGGGGCCAUUCUCCCUUUACAGAUCUUCGAGUUUCGUUACCGUAUGAUGAUGCACACUCUGCUCCAGACCGACCUCCGAUUCGGCGUAAUAUACUCCGACGCUGUAUCGGGAACAUCCGACGUUGGCUGCGUCGGCGAGGUUGUGAAGCACGAGCGACUCGUGGACGACCGAUUCUUCUUAAUCUGUAAAGGCCAGGAGCGAUUCCGAAUCACCAACAUAGUCCGUACGAAACCCUAUCUGGUGGCGGAGGUGACAUGGCUGGAGGACAGGCCAUCUCCGGACGGCGAGGAGGAUCUGGAUUCGCUGGCGAACGAGGUGGAGUCGUAUAUGAAGGACGUGAUUCGGCUGUCGAACCGGUUAGGUGGGAAGCCGGAGAAGGAGGUUCAGGACCUGAGGAGGAACCUUUUUCCGACGCCGUUUUCGUUUUUUGUUGGGAGCACCUUCGAGGGCGCCCCUAGAGAGCAGCAAGCCUUGCUCGAAUUGGAGGACACGGCUACCAGGCUGAAGAGGGAGAAAGAGACCUUGAGGAACACUCUCAACUACUUAACGGCGGCUUCGGCCGUUAAGGACGUCUUCCCUUCGACGUGAUUUUAACGGCGGAACACCGCACCACGCCACGUUUCAGGUUAGAUUAAUUUGAUAUAGUAUACAUAAACGUCAAUGGAAGCAGAGCAGGAAGCAAAGAAGGGGGAGUUUGAGUGGUGUUAUUAAUUGAGGAGCUUUACACUUGGGAGGGAAAGGUGUACAUUUUGAUGUGUAAUAUGAUUUGGCUUGACUCUAUGACUCCAUCUUUGUUUCUAGAAUUAAAAUAUUUUUCAUAUACUCAAUGAAAAGUGACACAGUUGGAAAGCCAAUUGGGAAUGUUACUUUAUGCA